AUGUACACCCCAACCACCAUAGCUGAGCAGCUUGAAAAACUGCACAAAAAACAAGUCGAAGAUGCCGCCGCGCGGUACGAGACAGUGGAGGCGGUCCUGAAAGCCGCUACAGAAGCCCUCAUCCCCCUCCAAACUCCUGCCCAGAAGAAGGCCGGUGCGGCCCUCUGGCAAAAACUCCACCAGGUGCUCCUUGGAAGCAUAAUAUCGGAACAUAACAACCAGCCGGGAGGGGAACCUUCCCCUCCCCCAACCCCUCGGGCACCAACGCCGGUGCAGACGACCGGAGCCCAAAGGGCCCCGAAAGGACCAGUCAGCUACGCUGACGCGGCUAAGCCCGCCAAUUACCAGGACUGGACGGAGGUCCAGUCAUAA